AUGGGAGAAUGUACUUAUGAAACCAAAAAAUUUCGCCUAAGACCCCAUCUGGAAGAGGCGCAGCAGCGGAACGCUGAAUUAGAACGUGAUGCAGCCGUGGCCAGGGCAGCACAGGGGACAAAUGCUCAAAAUCAACCUGAACCUAGAGCAUACUUAAGUCAUUUUAGCACGGCUGCUGCUAGGGUUAGGAAUUUGGAUGAUAGUUUACAACUUACAGCCCUUCAGGCGGGGAUCUCUACUGAUCCAUCAACCGUUGGGGGCGAGCUGUGGGAAGACUUACAGGGUCAUCCAGUAAGAAACAUCUCUAAGUUCAACGAAAGUCAGGUAUUCGUUCGGAAAGAAAAGGUCCGAAAGGAAAUGAAUUUGUUAAAAACAGGCUCGGGAGGUAAACCCAACAAUGUUUCGACAAGUACUGUUUCGACGAGAAUCGAUAACUCGAGGGCUUCUGGCUCGAAGAGAAAGGAUGGUAAUAAACACAAGAAGCAUGAUAAGUAUGUGCCAGUGUGUACUAUUUAUACCGAGCUUAAUGAAACUCGGGAGAAUAUUUACUUCGCACAUGAGAAAAAGGUUGCCUUCGACAAGCUUGAGCCCAUGAGGAAUGCGAGGAGCAAAAGAGAUCCUAACAGGUAUUGUAAAUUCCAUAAGGAUAUUGGGCACACGACCGACGAAUGUUGCCAAUUGAAAGAUGAGAUAGAAAGUCUCAUUGCUCGAGGACACUUUAAACAGUAUGUGAAAAGACAAGGCCACGGAUACAACCAGCACAGUCUGCCUAAUAACCCAAACAACCAGGGGUUACAACCUCUUUUGGUUGAAGGGGAGGACAUCCUGGUUAUUUCGGGAGGGCCACAUAUCGUAGGGGAAAGCAAUAACGCCCAGAAAAGAUGUGUGAAAGAGAUAAAGAACGAGCAGUGGGCAUUUGCCCCAGAACCUUCCAAGAAGGUGAAAACAGAGGAACCGCCAAUUAUAUUCACGGAGGAAGACGAGAAAAACAUGAGAUAUCCUCACGUUGAUCCAUUGGUGAUUACCAUUCAACUCACAAAUAAAAGGAUCAAGAGGGUGCUAAUAGACAAUGGAAGCUCAGUAAAUAUCCUUUAUAAAGAAACGCUGAGGAAGAUGGGGCUCGAAAAAGCCAAAUUGAGGCCUUAUAUGGUAAAUCUUUGCGGCUUCACUGGAGAUAGCAUUGCCAGUCUUGGCAUAAUCGAGCUCGCAUUAACCUUAGGCGAGGCACCCCUAUCUGCCACUGUUAUGCAAGACUUCUUAGUUGUUGACCUGCCAUCGGCUUACAACAUAUUGUUGGGUCGUCCAGCACUAAUCGGACAAGGGGCAGUUUGUUCGAUCAAGCGCCUAUCCUUGAAGUUCCAAACACCAGAAGGUGUGGAGUGGUGCGAGGUGAUCAAAUGUUGGCCCGCAAUUGCUAUCGCAUAG